UCUCUCUGAAACAGUCUGGAGCUCAAAGGCUUUCUCUCUUGCCGGUUAUACCACGGUUAGUGCUAGAUCGUAUACCUGCUGGGUUUUAUGCGGCGGAAGUGACGUAAUAGUGGUCGUGGAUGAGACGGCAACUUUUGUUGCGCUCGCGCUCCAACAGACAGACACGUCUGUCAAGGAUGCCAAAGCGCAACAAACAGGAUGCUUUCACAUAAAAUAUUACAAACACUGAAGGAUUUCGAGGAAGCGUUAGCAGACGUGGAAGAAACAACGAUCACAAAGUAUAUUGUGUACAAAAAGGAAGAGGUUUUCGGGGAAAAUAGUAAGUUUGUAAGGUUAGAUCUGAAAUUUAAGAAACAACGAUGACCAAGUAGCCUACAUUGUGUCAGUAAUCAAAUAAGUAUAUAAGUAUAAGUAUAAUAAUGUAUAAGUAUAUAAGUAUAAGUAUGUAUGUAUAUAAGUAGCUAAGUAGUAUAAGGGGCUCACAGAACGGCCGGUCGUCAGCGGGCCGGUACCGGCCGGCUCGGUUCGAGCCGUUCAUUUAUUCAUCUUUUAAACGGCUGACAGAGGUCCACAGUUUCCCCGCAGCGAGGCUCCCCCGCCCUCCUGUUGACAGUUCACGAGCGUUCACACCACUAAAAUGUUUAUUUUGGUGUUCUGUGUUUUAAUGCCUACAACAACUGAAUUAUAGGUUGGUAGUUUCAGCUUUCUACAUAACCCAUAGAUUGAUAAAAGCGAAAAAUACGUGAAACUUUACUGUACAUUCAGCAACAGGUUGAAUUAUCAGGCGUAAAGUUACUUAAGACAUUUCAAAUUCCGAGUUUCUUUCCAAAUCUAAACUGACCAGUGUUAAUGUAUAUUUUAUGGAUAAAAUAUGUAUUUUUGUCACAAAUGUUUCAAUACAGACGUGCAACCUUCACCAGAGAAAAAUAUAUACUGGCAGUUGAAAUGUGUACCAUAUGAUGGGGUGCCAUUCCAACUCGUGGAAACCAAGAUAUAUGGAUGCCACGGGGAAAGGACAGGUGUACUCGGCAAAAGGAGAAGUACCAUGCACAAAAAGAUAAACAAGCGGUAUAUUUAUGAAUUGACAUGCAUUAACAACUUUAAAUAAUUGGUAAAGGAAAAUUAAACAACUAUUCGUAAUAUGACAUGCAUUAUGGCAUUCUAUGACACAUAACACUGUGACACAUAACAACAUAGGAAUCAGCAUUAUGUAAAUACGUAAGUCGUUUAAACUUUAGAGGAAUAGGAAACAAAAUUCAAUGGCCUCUUCUGAGACAAAAUAAAGGGGGAUAUCCUUCCUUUGUUCACCUACAGAACCCAACCAGCCCACGGUCAUGACCUGGCACCAAAUUCUUCCUGUUUACUUAUUUUAACAGGGGAUGGUAUAUCUGCAAAAAUAAAUAGACACAAACAGUACAGAUGCAGGGGUAAUGACAUAAUGUCCCACUAAACUACAGUUAUAUGAGCAGGACCUACACAUAUUUUAAAGAAGACAAAAGAAAGAACCAUAGAAAAAAUGAUGUUCUCCAUGUUAUGGAGAGGAGACCAUGAAAAUGUCUACAUAAAUUAAUAUUGUAUUUCUAUACACCUUUUUUCUCUUAGCUUGAAGACCAUGUCUUCAAUGCAAGACGCCAUCUUGUACAAAAUACGAAGAAGAUGGAUUGCCCUGCCCAGAUAACUGUCAGUCAGGUCAUGAAAUGUCCUGGUUUCAAGAUUGCAGAGAACAGUAAAGCAAAGAGGAGGGAGCUCUCCGCAGCACUAAAGGCCUUAGUUGCAGCUGAUCCUUCAACAGUGAUCCAGAAAGUGACCAUCAAAACCAUCCAACUGUUGGAGAGCUUCUGACCCCCAGAUGGUUAGUUGAUGACUGCAAAAUCAAGUACAGGCCAAGCCAGCUACAGGAGGACGGAACUGUCACAAAGCUGCUGUUUUGUUACCAGACAGCGAAGGCUUCUCCACCUGUAUGGACAACAGAUGUGCCUGCUUGAUGCUACUUACCGGACGUGUCGUUACUCUGUUCCCCUCUUCUUCCUAUGUGUACGUACAAAUGUGUGCUAUGCAGUGGUUGGCCUCUUUGUGACCCAGAGUGAGACAACAGCAGAUGUCAAAGAAGCCCUCCAGGUGUUUAAGGAGUGGAACCCUGACUGGAGCCCUAGCCACUUCAUGGUUGAUUUCUCAGAGGUAGAGAUCGGUGCCCUGGAGGAAGAGUUUUAAGGUUCGAAGGUGCUUCUCUGCGACUUCCAUAGCGAGAAAGCUUGGGUUGAAUGGUGCAGGAAGAAAGACCAUGGAGUGAGCAACGCACAAGACAGUCUCCUACCGCUUCUGAGAAGCAUUGCAGCUGCUUCAACUCCAGAGGAGUUCAGCUCACGCCUUUGCAACCUGCAGGAGGCCAAAGUCUGGAAAGACAAUGACAAAGUGAGGGCGUGGUUUUCAAAUAAGUGGCUCCCAGAGGCUAAGAGAUGGGUGCACGUGUUUCGGGAUGAAGAUCUCAAGGUGGCCAUCUACACCAACAAUGGGGUGGAAAGACAAAAUGAAACCCUAAAGUAUUCUCAUCCUGAAGGUUGUAAGAACUGCAGCCUCAGUGAAAUGCUCACUGUGUUGGUAACUGACUUCCUACCAAGGACAUAUCGGAAGUACAUUGAACUGAACGUCAAGUACUCCUCAGUCUACAGAAGGUACAAUGAGAACAUGCCAAAGUUCUUAAAAGACAGACCAAGAAGUGGAGCAGACCAUGUGAUGUCAAGGCUUACAGAAGCCCAGUUUUAUGAGGCGAAUGACGUUGUUGCAAAGGGCAAUGGCAUGUUCCAUGUCAAAAGCCAAAGUCAUCCUUGCACAACAUCAACAUCAACUUUGGUGAAAGUAUCAUCAUGCCAUCGUCGUGCACCUGCAAAGACUGGGCAAAGCACAAGUUGCCCUGCAAGCACUUCUGUGCUGUUUUUAAUCAUGUGCAUGAAUGGGGUUGGGAGAAACUGGCAUCUAAUUACAGAUAACCCCCUCUUCUCCCUGGAUAAUGCAUGUCUGGGACAGACUUCCUGUGAGAGGGAUGGCAGCGGCAGAUCAGACAUCACAGAUCAUACAUAUACACCGGUAUCAGUGGAAAUGCAGUCACCAUGUCACGCUUUGCCCGAAAGGAAAAGACCAAGAAAAGUUAAACAAAGAAGGGAAUGUGCCAGUCUCUUGCGUGAGAUUACUGACUUAACAUACCAUCUGCAAGAUGAAGAUUACCUUAAAACGUUAACUGACCAACUGACCGAGAUCUUGGAAGAUGUGAAGCUACACACUCCACAUGAUCAGAGCCUUCCUCUGACGUUCACACCUAAGAAAAGGAAGAAGGAGAUGGCCAACCUACCUGUGAAAACCGUGCCACAAAAGCACCCAUUCACAAACAGGCUGCUUUGCAGAAGCUAUGAGGUUGAACUUCCGGGUCAGCAUGAAUUUGAAAUGAACUUUGUAAAAUAUUUAACUGUACAGUUCGGCAUUCAUAUCUUUAUUAUUAUUAAAUCACAUAUUGUUUUUAUAUAUUGUACAAUGUGCAAUUUGACUUUGUAUGUAAAUAUUGUUAUUUUAUAGCACAUUUUAACUUUAACUUCUUAUUUAUCCAUACAUAUGUGUAUUCUAUUUA